AUGGGUCAGCUAUGUGGACGAUGCAUGCAGCUCCUGCGGGACUUCAUAGGCUUUGUUCAGAGGAUGUCCUCUGACUUGGUGCAAGGCAUCAAGGAAUGCUUAACUCUGAUAAGCAAUUGCUCCUGCUUAAAACAGAACAGCUCUAAAAACAGGCAGCUGUACAAGCCCAUCCUACAGCCUCAUGAGAGAGUGACUGCACAGGAGUUUCUGCAGCAUAUUGAAACAGAUUUUGAAAUGUCUCCACUGGGAAAGGACCCUCUGGAAGCCUUGAGGACCUUAUCCUUUUCAGAAAACCCAGGUUUACAGCAGUCGGCUGCGCUCUAUUACUUGCACGUGAGUCAGCACAUGAACAUCCCCCUGCCUGUGGAACAUCUGGAACCCUUCUAUGCCUUACUACGUUCUGCUGACCUGGAAGUGCAGCAGAUGUCUUCCUUGUCCCUUGUCAACUUCCUGCUGGAAGGAAAUAUUGACAAAGAAUUAGUUGUCCAAAUGGGUUUACUUGAGCCAAUUCUGGAUCUGCUUGAAUCAGAGGAUCCCACUGUCCAGUGUAAUUCCUGCGCCUGCAUCAUGACUUUGGCUGUUUCAGAGUCCAACCGAGAGGCUAUUGGUGCUGCUAGAGGAGUUACGCCCCUACUGUCUCUUGCCAAUUCCUAUGAUCCCAGAGUCCAGCAAAAUGCAGUUGGUGCUGUUCUGAACCUCACACAAUCAGAGAAAAUCCAACAAGUUCUAUGCAAGGAAGGAGCCCUACCAGUUCUUGCCUUGCUGCUGGAAUCUCCUGACUCAGAAGUCCAGUACUACAGCUGUGCUGCCCUGAGCAACGUGGCAGCCAAUGUUCAGCACCACAAAGCCUUGCUGGGACCCAGUGACAGAUUCCUGCUGCGGACACUGAUCUCUCUCCUAUCCUCUUCUGUGGACAAGGUUUCAAGCCAGGCAUGUGUUUGCCUAAGAAAUUUGGCUACCAGUGUGGACAUCCAGGCCGAAAUGGUUGCUGAGAACGUCCUGCCCCAGCUGUGCUCUCUCCUGGCCUCUGGAAGUGAGGACGUGCGCCGUGCCUCCAUCGCUCUGCUCUGGAUACUCUCCCAGCACCCGCCCAACCAGGACAUUCUGGCAUGUGCUGAGCUACUGCAGAGCCUGGGGAUGUUACUGGCAGCACAUAAAACAGACCCUGUGAUUGUUGGACAUACUGCUUGCAUCAUCAGAAACCUUUCCAAAAACAGACAGAGAAUCACGGAGAGCCGCUGUGUCGAAGGUCUCCUCCAGACCCUGCUUUUGACCGACACUCAGGAAGACUCCCUUCAUUACGUGACAUCCUGCCUUGCUGAGCUAGCAAAGCAAGAAGGAGCCAUGUUACACAUGGUCCAGUGGAUGGAUGAACCUUUGACAAGGUGCUUGGUGAGACUGGCUGGCCAACUGGAACAUCCUGAGCCUUCCUUUCAUGCUGCCUCCAUCAUCCAGCACAUGAUCAGUCAUGAAAAAAUGAUGCUUUUGUGGAAAUAUCACAUUGAAGAGAUUCAAGCCUACCUCAAGAAUUUUCUUACCCACCAAGAGGUCCGUUUUCAGCAGCUGGGCAUCUCCACACUCUGCAGACUACGAACAGAUCCAGACUUUUCAUUAGCAUUCAGAAAAAGCCAAAUGGUCAAACUCCUCGAGCAAGUCCGUCAGCAAACAGAGGAAACUCAAGAGCUCCUUAGGGCAGCUAUGUGCCAUGAAGACAGUUAA